GUCCAAAAAUCCUAGACUUGUUUCAACCUCUGUGCCGUGCUCUUAGUGAUCGAGUAGAGAAAAAUCAUGGCCCUGCUUUCUGAUUUGAUCAACCUUGAUCUCUCCGAAACCACCGAUAAAAUCAUUGUUGAAUACAUAUGGAUUGAUGGAACUGGUUUGGGCCUGAGGAGCAAAGCCAGGACCAUUCCUAAGGCUGUAAAAGACCCUUCUGAGCUUCCAAAGUGGAACUAUGAUGGUUCUAGCACUGGCCAGGCUCCUGGAGAGGACAGUGAAGUCAUCCUAUAUCCUCAGGCAAUUUUCAGGGACCCUUUUAGAAGAGGCAACAAUAUUCUUGUGAUGUGUGAUGCUUAUACUCCAGCAGGUGAGCCUAUCCCAACAAACAAGAGAUAUAAUGCAGCAAAAAUAUUUAACCAUCCAGAUGUUGUUGCUGAAGAGCCAUGGUAUGGAAUAGAGCAAGAGUAUACUCUGUUGCAGAAAGAUGUGACAUGGCCACUUGGUUGGCCUGUGGGAGGAUUUCCAGGGCCUCAGGGACCAUACUAUUGUGGAAUUGGUGCCGACAAGGCUUUUGGGAGGGACAUUGUGGACUCUCACUAUAAGGCCUGUUUGUAUGCUGGUAUUAACAUCAGUGGCAUCAAUGGUGAAGUUAUGCCGGGACAGUGGGAAUUUCAAGUCGGUCCUUCUGUUGGAAUUAGUGCCGGUGAUGAAGUCUGGGUGGCUCGUUACAUUCUUGAGAGGAUUACUGAGAUAGCUGGAGUCGUUCUCUCCUUUGAUCCCAAACCUAUCCCGGGCGAUUGGAAUGGAGCUGGUGCACAUACAAAUUACAGCACUAAGUCCAUGAGGAAUGAUGGAGGGUUUGAAGUGAUAAAGAAGGCAAUCUCAAAACUAGGCCUGAAGCACAAAGAACACAUUGCUGCUUAUGGCGAAGGCAAUGAACGCCGCCUCACCGGAAGGCAUGAAACGGCUAGUAUCGAUAGAUUCUCAUGGGGUGUGGCGAAUCGCGGAGCCUCGGUUAGGGUUGGCAGGGACACGGAGAAAGAGGGCAAGGGCUAUUUCGAGGAUAGGAGGCCUGCGUCGAAUAUGGAUCCUUACGUGGUUACUUCUAUGGUCGCGGAAACAACUAUUAUCUGGAAGCCAUGAAAGGGCUGAACUUGAAGUUGUAUUUUACUUUUGUUACUACCCUACCCUUCCCUGCAUUUCUAUUCUAAAAUGCUCUAAUGUUUCACAUUGAUUUGGCAUGUUAUUUUUCUUAAAUGAAAUUAUGGUUUGUAAGGGUCCAAGAAUUGGAGUUCAUUGUAUCUUUUGUUUAUAAAUAAUAAUACAGUGUCUCAAAACUA